UAGGUUUGUAAUUUGAAUUUCUACGUUUUUUUUUCUUGGUGUGUUGUAUUUUUAUUUUAUGUUUUAAUGAAAUUUAAGUUUUUUUAAAAAAAUAAUAUAUUUGAAAUAUUUAGUUUCUAUAUUAAUUAAAAAAAAUAACAUGACAACUAUGCGAAACCAUUCUAAUAACAAGUUUUAGCUAAAGUGUAGUAAAUAUGACAUGACGACCAGUAAAUACAACAUGACGAUUAGUCACACCACAACCAUUAGCCUUUGUGGCAAUUAGUAUCGCACAACACCCACUAGCCUUUGUACUUUUUAAGUUUUGUAUAUUGAAGAUUUAAACUUGAUUACUUGCUUAUGCAAUUAACCCUAUUUUAAAUAUCUCACCAUGUUCCAUUAACGUAACAAGUACACAAGAUAAUCAAUGUUAGACAUGUUUUAAAGGAUGAGUAGAUGAUUCUUGCUUCUUUUAUUCGCUUUUGAUUUCAUACACCAUUGACUUUCUUUCUUCUCCUACAUAACCCUUCACCUACACAUAUAUAAAUCUGCCAGAUGCCUUUUCGAAAUUACAGUACAGAGUACACAAACGUUCAAAAAUGCUUUUGCUUACACAACUAGUCGCUAUCGCUGCUUUAGCCUUCAUCUCUCUUCAGCAUGAAGCCAUAGCACAAUUUGUGCCACCUUAUUCUUCGGUAGUUGUUCCUGUAUAUAAACAUACAGAUGCUGCCAAGCCUCUCUAUAGUGUUCAGAUCAUGACAACAUACGUAAACAUGCAAUUCUUGCAUGCAAACUUCCUUAUAGACCUCGAUGCUCCUUUCAUAUGGCACGACUGUAUUUUGGUAUGGAACACGUUUGCUGGUAGUUGUCCUGCCAACACACUCUGUACCUAUCCAGUCUCAUGCGAAGAAUAUCAAUGCACAGAUGUGCGAACCACUUACUCAUACAAGAAUCCCUCCUGCCCUCCAGUAAACAAUGGCUCAACGUUACCUGGAUGGGGUUACUGCACAUGCCCAGUCAACGUUGUCAAUCCUAUUACUGGAUCAUGUGACAACGCUCUUCUGGAUUAUGACGAAUUCACGGUGAACACCAGCAAUGGUAAAAAUGUUUUUACUGGUUUAUAUGGUGUUUACCCUAAUGCUGCAUGUGCUCCUUCUUCUUCAUUUCAAUCAUUCCCUGUGAAUGUUAGUGGUGUCAUGGCGCUUUCCUCCUCUCCUUAUGCAUUUCCAGCAUAUUUAAAUGAACCCCUUCAAAGAAUAAUGGCUUUGUGUUUACCCAGCACGUUAUCCUCUCCUGGUGUUUUCUUUUAUGGAAAUAGUUCUUAUUACCUUCUUCCCCAAUCGAAUGUUGACAUAAGGAGUUUUCUUUCUUAUACCCCGUUAAUCAACCAUCCCGAUUCUUUUGGGUACUUCAUUGGUCUCAAUUCCAUCGUAAUUAAAACACGAUUCAUUGAUAUUCCCGGGAAUGCCACCACCAAGCUUAGCACAAUCGAUCCUUACACCACUCUUCGGACUGACAUUUAUAAGUGGGUGGUUCGGAGGUUUUCAUUGGUUACAAAAAGAAUCCCUCCUGCAAAUCCUGUCGCACCAUUUGGUCUUUGUUUCAAUGCCUCCGUUAAUGGUUUAAGAGUUCCAGAUAUUGAGUUUAAUCUUCAGGAUGGGAAGAAAUGGAGCAUAUCGACUGCUAACUCCAUUAAGCAAGUGACGACAGACGUUGCGUGUCUGGGGUUUGUUGAUGGUGGUGCAACAAGUGAACCUGCAAUUGUGAUCGGGACGUUUCAAUUUGAAGACAAUUUUCUGGUAUUUGAUUUAGAGAAUUCAAGUUUCGGGUUCAGUUCUUCGUUGUUGCGUAAGAAGACUACUUGUGCUAACUUCAACUUUACGCUCACUAAUUAAGUAGUGGGAAUAUGCAUGUUAUAUGUCAGUUGGUGCCCGAUAAAAAAAUUAAUGUUCAUUCCCGAUAAAAAAAUUAAUGUUCAUUGUCUUCAAGUAUAGUUGAAAUUGGUCAACUAAUCUAUUUCAAUGUAUGUGCUAUCAAUAAACAAAUAAUCUUGAAAAUUUUCCCCUUUGUGUAUAACAUAAAAAUCUGUCAAUGUAUCAAGUAAUGUA